ACUUGAGUUGAUCUACAGAUCCAUCGAUAUUAUUCCACGCUUCGUGCAGCGGAAUCUAGUGCCCGUCCAGUGGCUUUUCGGAGUCACCGAUAACGAAUCAGACAUCAAUUGCGAGUCUAGACAUCGGCUUUAAUACUCGCGAUGUUUGUAUCCUUGACACUGCCAUUGCAUUCUCCAUGGCUCUUGCUCCGCUGAAUGGAUAGUCGUCGUUGUCACUCGAUGGAAUCUACUUCUCCCAAGAAAAUGCCUCACAUAGAGAACUGAAUGAUGCAGACCGCCACCACGAAGUUACAUCUCUGAGAACAUUGCAUCGGGGUUUGUUGUGAGUGACGUGAUGUCUGUAUAGGCCCGAGGAUUGCUCGUACACUGGUGCUCCAGCAUAUAAAGACAUCAGCAUUUGGUUGGAAUGUGAUGCAACUACCAGUCAGUUUUUGAGAAUCAUCUUCAGAUUUUUCAUACCCUAUUACCUGAUCAAAGCAGCCAGAUUUUCCAAAAUGGCCGAACUUGUUCCAUAUUUCGAUGGCAUGCAGCAAGGACAGGGAUACAAUACCUACCUUCAACAAAUUGGUGUAGCAGAUGCUGUCACUAUCACUCCAGGCCAACCGGAGUCCGUCACCUACGACCUCUUCUAUAGUAGUGAAAGGAUCGAUGAUUACACAAAGCUUGCGCAGUCCUUGGAAAUAAGUGCUGGCGCUGCUAUUUCCGGCUGGGGACAGUCCUCUCAAAUCGACGCUGGCUAUCUUGAUCGGCUAAGUUUUGAAAGCAGUACGGUGACCUAUCAAGUCCAGGUGUCAUCCAGACAGCAAGCUUCAAUUGGGAAUUCGUAUUCCUUUCACCAAAUUAGCACCGAUACUCCGAAUGAAUUGUACGGAGAUCGAUUUAUUGCAGAUUUCAUUCGAGGUGGCCAAUACUUUGCUCGCGUCUCCAUUUCCGCAGUCAACAAAUCCACCAGUCAAGAGAUCAGACAGGCAUCUGAGGUUGCUUUCUCGAUGUACGGAGUCACCGGCUCUGUCACAAACGAAGUAAGAAGUGCCGUGGAGACGAUUAACAGACACUCUCGCGUAACAGUCUGGAUCCAUACCUCUGGAGGCGGAGGCCGAUCUGGAGUUAUCCACGCAGAGCCACACGACGGUGAAGACUCGCCUCUUUUUGCGAUCAAGGAAGGCGCGGAUAACUUCUACCAGGAGUUGAGGGAGGGAAAGCAUAGAUAUAGACGAUUUGCACUCCUGUGGAGAUACACCAACGUACCGAAUUUCAACAAUGCAUUCACGCCAUUUGACUAUACUUUUGCCAGUCAGAGGAGCUGGUACCUAUUCGAAGACUUUACGCAGUACGACGCGUACCUUGAGCUCGUCAGGAAGAUCCCUGUUUCCAAGUUCAUCAACGGCAGAGAGCAACAAGCCGAACUGUACGAAGAAGGGGCCAACAUACUCUCCGUGAUCCGCACCAAAGUCCAAGCCAUCAACGAAAACCCCGAAGAAAUCAACUCCCCAAUCUCAUAUCCCAUUCCAGAGGACUACAAGAAACUAGUCCUGCUGGCCAUCAGGACAAUAACCAUGAUCGCCCAAGAACGAACCCUCGACAACGGCAGCUUCAGCGACAUCGCACUCCCAACUCUCCAAGGAAACGCCCGCACACUUUUCAAAUUCCAAACCUACGACUUCGACACCAGAUUCGGAAACACAGUUGUUUCCUUCGGAAGACAGGGUACAUCAUUUGUAUGUCUGAGCGGCCAGCGCGUAUCCGAUGGAUAUCAAGAAGAAAGCGUCUUCUGGGCAUUUGAAGACCCGGUUGAAGAGGUCUCGGAACACCAGGUUCAUGUGGCCAGUAUGCGAACGAGGGACUUGCUCCUUUUGAGUCGGACGGAUCCUGGUCCCAGGCCUUUGUUUACAUUUUAUGCGAAGAGUAGUUGGUGAUGAUGAUCCUGGCCCCGGACAGCGUGCAGGGCGGGUAAGCAAGCCAUAUUGCAGAACCGGCUAAUUGUGAAUAGCCUAUAGCUAG